GAGACAAACCAUUGUUUCCAUUUCCUUUUCUUCUUUGUCCGAAACAAUUUUCAGAAAGUUUGAAAACAACUUGAAAGCGCUUCCUAAAAAAAAUUGUUUUUGAGAAAAGUUUGCUAAGAAACAAUUUUAGAAAACAAUUUUUCAAAUAAAUUGUCUGUCAUUAUGCCAAUAAUUUGCUUCCUUGAACAGAAUUCAGACUUCAAAUAUAAAACCUAUCAUUAGAUUUUGCUUGCUUUCUACAGUAUCAUUGCUUUUCAAUAACUAGUUUUUUCCUAUUGGUCUUAUUGGCAAAGAGCAGUGUUUGUUUGCAGAGAAAAUUUUAUAGAAAAGCAUUAAUUGGUCCAAGAUGAGUCAACAGAAUAAGCAGGCAAGCACUUCCACGCCAGCAGACCCUCCAUUGAAGCGUAAACGUGGUCGUCCACGCAAGGAUGAAAGCCUAGUCCACAAGGAGAAACCAGCAGAAUCACCUCAACCCGCUCCAUCUGAUGAUGUAAGAACUAAUCAACACACUGAAUUUGAUCCGAGUGAUGAUAUAGACAAUGACAUGGUCGGCCAGGUGGUUUCUGGUGUCAUAGAGGGCUCUUUUGAUGCCGGGUAUUUCCUUUCUGUACGGACUGGCAACACGGGAACUCUUCUCCGGGGCAUGGUGUUUCAGCCGGGGCUAUUCACUCUCAUUACUGCUGCAAAUGAUGUUGCUCCACAAGCUAAGAUGUACCAAAGAAGAGAAUUUCCCAUCCCGGUCCUCAAUUUGCAGAGUCAGGUUGACGGUUCUACUUCUAUCCCACAACCAGAAAGGAACAAUGAGCACCCUGUCCGGUUAGAGAACCGGGCACCUACCAUUCCAGCCCUAGUUUUACCUUCCGAGCUCCAAUCAGGUUCCCCAUCUACACUUGCUAGUCCUAAUGCACGAGGCUCCCACGACUGCGGGGUAUGGGAAGGGUUGGGUGUAUCCAGCCUUACCCCUGCAUCCAAAGAGGCUACUUAUGUGGCAAAAAAUGAGUCAGAUGCUUUUAUGGGAGGAAAAAUAGUACCAAAGGAGAAUUCUGAAUUUGGGCUUGAGAAACAAUCGACCCCUGAUUCAAUACCUCUAACAGAUAAAAAGGAUAGUCCUAGUGCACGAGACUCUAGUUAUUGUGGGAUUUGGGGAGAAUCAAAUGUAUGCAGUCUUACCCCUGCAUACAAAGAGGCUGCUUUUGUGACAAAAAAAGAGUCGGACCCUUUUAUGAAAGAAAAAAUUGUGUCAGGACAGAAUUCUGAGUUUGGGCUCAAGAAACAAUCCACCCCUCAGACCAAUACCUUCCUAAAGAUUGAUCCAAGAAAAGACUUGCCACAACAACUUUCUGAGUUUGGGCUCGAGAACCAAUCUGCCUCUUGGUUGCAGCCAGUUGCUUCAUUUCCCAGUGUUAACCAAUCUGCCUUUGGUAAGAUACCGAUGACUGAUUACUUGUGCGCUUCCUUGGGAGCGAAAAAUGUGCCAAAUCACAACUCCGAGUUUGGACUUGAUAACCAAUUUGCAGUCACUACCCAAUCUGCCUCGGUUAUGACACCUCUGACUGAUUCCAUGGGAGGGUUAAAAGACGCACCACAACAAAAUUCUGGGCCUGCACUUGACAACCAACUGAUACCACAACAAAAUUCCAAGUUUGGAUUUGAGAAUGUAUCUACGAAACAGGAUGAGAUAAUGCAAGAUCUUGAAGAUUCAACUCUGCUAGAAAGGCGUAACAUUGAUGGAGAGGGAACGAAAGAUGUGAAUGUGGUACUAGAAAUAGGAUCUCAACAGAGUGUUGAUAUUUGUCAUGGUGAGGAAAACAUGGAUCAGGUGCCUCAAGUUCAACACCGGGCUGUAUAUUUUGGGCUCGAGUCAAGUGAGUUGGCUCAUGAUGAGCUAAAGAGUGGAAAUCCCGAGCUUCAACAAACUCCAGCUGGUGCUAAAACUGAUACACCACAGAUUAUGCGGUCAGAGUCGAUCAAAGAUUCAGGGAGAGAUGAGAUUACCCAAAAUUGAAAACCGGUAAUUGAUGCU